AUGAAAAAACGUUUCGAUGAAAAGCACACGCCUACAAAGUCAUACAGUAAGGAUGAUCUUGUACUAUGGUCUGGGGCGAAUACAAAUAAAAAAGAAGUGAGUAGGAAAGUAGGUUAUCAAAAGUUUGGUGGGCCUUAUAAAAUCAAGAAGGUUUUGGGAAAUGAUAGAUAUGAAAUAACAUCUUUGGAGGGCUUAAAGGGGUAUAAGAGAUUUAGAGCAAUAGUGGCUGCUGAUAGCUUGAGAGAAUGGAAAGGCGGUGUUAUUGAUAUUUCAGAAAUUGAAAGCGAGGUCAAUAGUACUGACGAAUUAAUUGAUUUGUUGGGAGGUUAG